AUGGAUUCUCCGAAUCCAUAUACUCAGGCCUCAAAUUUUCGUGAUCUGUUGAACAGUCAACAAGAUACUGUCCAUGAACCCUUUCCUUAUGAGAGGUUUUCACAUGGUGGGGAUGUCGGGUCAUCAGAACGCCCUUUCUUUAGUACUCAAGCAACAGAAACCUCAAGCUUCUGCGAAGACUCACCUACAGAUCGGAGAGAAAGGAAGAAAUGGAGCGUCUCGGAUGAUGUAGUGCUCAUUAGCGCAUGGCUAAACACCAGCAAGGACCCGGUUGUAGGGAAUGAGCAGAAAGCAGGUGCCUUCUGGUCACGCAUUUCUGCUUACUUUGCAGCUUCUCCAAAGGUUGGAAGAGGUGAAACGCGACAGGCAAUUAAGUGUAAGCAGAGGUGGCAAAAGCUGAAUAAUCUCGUUUGUAAGUUUUGUGGAGCCUAUGAGGCUGCAACGAGACAGAAAACAAGGGGCCAGAGUGAGUCUGAUGUUGUUAAACUGGCCCACGAGAUUUUCUACAAUGAUCAUAAGAAGAAGUUUACCCUUCACCAGGCUUGGGAUGAGCUAAGGAAUGACCAGAAAUGGAGCGAAUUUACAACUGCUAAGAUGGAUGUAAGCGGUAAGAAGAGAAGGUGUUCGGAUGGAGCACAAUCCGAAAGCUCUCAAGCAACUACGAACCUAGGUGAUCAACCAACAAAACGUCCUCCUGGUGUUAAGGCGGCGAAAGGAGCAUCUGGUAAGAGAAGUGUAGUGGAUCACGCGGCUGUCUCUCAGCUUCAGAGCAUGUGGACUAUCAGAGAGAAAGACUUGGCCAUGAAAGAAAGACUCACGAAGAUGAGACUGCUAGAUCGUCUCUUAUCAAAAAAAGAGCCCCUAUCUGAAGUGGAGGAAGCUCUAAAGACUCAGCUAAUUACAGAGAUGUUGGGGUAG